ACAGGGUUAGCGUGGUCACGCCGGAGAUGGGAUUGCGUAAACAUGGCGGCCUACAUGUAAAUCCUUGAAUUCAUUUUACUUCAUAAACUGUCUUAGUUUCUUAUUCCUGCCGUCAUUUCAAAACAAUACAACAGCAUGUUUCAUUUUGCACGCUGCAGUCGACUGACACGCGGCAAUGUCACGUCAGAUCGACUGUUGAACUCCCAGAAAACAAGAGGUUUCACGAUCCACCACCUUUAUAGGCGUGGCCAGCAUACAGUACCAUGGAGCGGUUCACAAAUACCAUCCACACAGAUCACCUUUAACACUCCUGCUCGCAUAUUGAGACAAGCUCAAAAAGUGUUCCGUCUAGCAUCCAGAAAGCAGCCUAGGCCACCAAACAUCCCUCUGAGAUUCAUAUUAGGACCUGCUGCUUUGACAGUGACUGCACGCUUGCUUCAUACCGGAGCUCACUGUGAAGCAGAUGUGAACAACAACGUCCCGGUGAGAGAGAGCAUUCCUGAAUUCAGCUGGGCCAUCCUUUGGGAGUUCGUUCGGCCCCAACUUCUUGCUCUUAUAGGAGCCAUUAUCCUUGCGUUUGGAGCAGCAGCCCUUAAUAUUCAGAUUCCUCUGAUGUUGGGGGACCUGGUGAAUGUUGUCGCUCGCCACAUGAGAGAACAAGCAGGGCAUUACAUAAGAGACAUUAAAGCACCUGCAGUAAAGCUGCUCGGACUCUAUGGUUUACAGGGUCUGUUGACCAGUGGCUACAUCAUUCUUCUGUCUAGAGUUGGAGAGAGAGUGGCAGCUGACAUGAGGACAGCUCUCUUUACCUCUUUGCUUCGACAAGAUGUUGCAUUUUUUGAUGCAAACAAGACCGGGCAGCUGGUUAAUCGGCUGACAUCAGACAUCCAGGAGUUCAAAUCUUCCUUCAAGUUGGUUAUUUCUCAGGGUUUACGCAGUGCCACACAGACGGUGGGGUGUUUUGUGUCGCUGUACGUCAUCUCUCCCAAACUCACGGGUCUCACUGUGGUCGUCCUGCCAUGUCUGGUGGGGGCUGGUGCUCUGAUCGGUUCUUUUCUCCGUAAACUAUCGCGCAAAGCACAGGAACAGGUUGCUAAAGCUACAGGAGUGGCUGACGAGGCUCUUGGUAACGUGCGGACAGUGAGAGCUUUUGCCAUGGAGGAUCGAGAACUAGAGAUGUAUGCAGCUGAAGUCCAGAAGUCAGCUGCGAUGAAUGAGACGCUGGGCACAGGAAUAGCCAUAUUUCAGGGCCUGUCUAACGUUGUCCUGAACUGCAUUGUUCUAGGCACUAUUUAUGCUGGUGGGUCUUUGAUGGCUCGUAAUGACAUGUCGCCAGGUGACCUAAUGUCAUUUUUGGUCGCCUCUCAAACAGUUCAGAGAUCUCUUGCUAGCAUUUCAAUUCUCUUUGGACAGAUGGUUCGAGGUAUGAGUGCAGGGGCACGUGUGUUUGAGUACUUGGCUCUAGAGCCCACCGUUCCUCUCACCGGAGGGGGUCGUAUCCCUCUCAAGUCUCUGACGGGAAGAGUUGAAUUCAUGAACAUCAAUUUCAGUUACCCAACAAGACCUGGAAACCAGAUCCUUAAGAACUUCAAUCUGACUCUACCUCCCUAUAAAACCGUCGCUAUUGUUGGCGAGUCAGGCGGAGGCAAAUCCACAGUGGCUGCGUUAUUGGAGCGGUUUUAUGAGCCCAGCAGUGGUGUGGUGAUGUUGGAUGGGCUGGACAUCAGAACACUGGACCCAUCCUGGUUAAGAGGUCAUGUCAUUGGGUUCAUUAGUCAGGAACCUGUUCUUUUUGGUACCUCUGUGAUGGAGAAUAUCAGGUUUGGAAAGCCCAGUGCAACAGACCCUGAGGUCAUGGCUGCGGCCAAACAAGCCAAUGCUCAUAAUUUCAUCACAGGAUUCCCAGAUGGGUACAACACUGUGGUUGGUGAACGUGGAGUGACCCUGUCCGGGGGCCAAAAGCAGCGAAUCGCGAUUGCUCGAGCCCUGAUCAAAAACCCCAGCGUCCUGAUCCUGGAUGAGGCCACCAGUGCGUUAGACGCCGAGUCUGAGCGUGUGGUUCAGGAGGCGUUGGACAGAGCCACGACGGGACGCACCGUUCUGAUUAUCGCUCACCGUCUCAGCACCAUACAGGGAGCCGAUCUCAUCUGCGUCAUGAGCAAUGGACGUAUCGUUGAGGCUGGAACACACUUGGAUUUACUGAGCAAAGGAGGACUGUAUGCAGAACUCAUAAAGAGACAACGAUCUGAUGGUCACAAAUAAAUAACUGUAUUACUGUGCAUAUUCCACUAAACAAAGACAAUUUCAUUUGGAGCUCUGGCGUAGAUAUACGUUUUAGUGAAUAUUCUCUGUUUUGAGUUGUAUAUAUCAUAAAAUAGAAAAAUGUCAGUGUUGUGUAAUGAUUAUAAAACUGUUUUUAAAUGCUGUUUAAUUUAGAAACUCUUGACUGAAAGUAUUCAAAUCUUUUUCGGUUUUAAAGGAAAGAGGUAAAUAAAGCAAGCUGUACAUUUUAUUUUUUUAAUAUUAUUGUAUAUCAAUACCAUUGCCUUCCUUGAAAAUUGAGGUAAUAAAAUAUACCUCAUUUAUUGUUGGUUGGUUUAUACUUCAUAUAAAUAAAUGUGUAAUUAAUUAUA